UGUGAUAUGGCGUUUGUAAUGUGAUGAUUGUUCGGCUUAGAAAAGUAUGGAAUUGGUUUUGUUACAUAUAGUCUAGCGAAAAUCCAUGGAGAUGGGACCAUCGAGCCGCUACAGCUCCUAUAAUUGUCUCACUAAUUGGGACAGUUAUGAUAAAAUCCCAAGGGUUCGUGUCGAAUAUUAUGUAAACGAAAACACAUUUAAGGAGCGCUUACAAUUGUAUUUCAUUAAGAAUCAACGAUCAAGUUUGAGAACCCGAAUAGUGAAUUUGCUGUUCAAGUUGGUGACAUGCAUGUUGUACAUUUUUCGUGUUUGUACGGAUCUGGAUCCCACCUAUGCUACAUGCUAUGGAUGUGCGGCUGGAAAUAAAACUGUAUUCUUGGAAAGUUCAAUGCUGACUGAUGAGGCGUUUCAGGAGAGGCCGAUAAUAAACUGGGAUGCCAUAUUGUGGGUCAAUCGUUCGCUGGAGCUGUGGGCCGUGCAGGUGCUGCUGUCAUUGAUAACGCUCAUGGAAGCGCUACUGAUGGCUUAUCUCGGAUAUAAGGGCAACAUUUGGCAGCAGGUUAUGUCAUUUCAUUUCAUCUUAGAAAUUAUUACUACAGUACCUUUCGCAUUUACGUUACUGUGGCCGCCAUUGAGGAAUUUAUUCAUCCCAGUAUUUUUGAAUUGCUGGUUGGCCAAGAGGUCACUAGAAAACAUGUUUAAUGAUCUGCAUCGGGCUAUGCAAAAGUCUCAAUCGGCCCUCUCACAGCAGUUAUUGAUUCUAUCAGCUACUCUGCUUUGUCUGGUUUUUACUAGCGUGUGCGGCAUCCAGCACUUUCAGCGGGCCGGCCAUCGGCACCUGAAUCUGUUUCAGAGCACCUACUACGUCGUGGUGACCUUCUCAACCGUCGGCUACGGAGACGUGGUCCCGGACAUCUGGCCUUCGCAACUCUACAUGCUGGUCAUGAUAUGCGUAGCGCUAAUAGUCCUGCCUACUCAAUUCGAGCAGUUGGCUUUCACGUGGAUGGAACGUCAGAAGCUCGGAGGUUCGUACAGUUCGCACCGUGCCCAGAGCGAGCUGCACGUCGUGGUCUGCUCGACGACCUUACAUGCGGACACGAUCAUGGAUUUUCUGAACGAAUUUUAUGCUCAUCCUCUUCUACAAGACUUUUAUGUGGUACUCCUAUCGCCUAUGGAAUUAGACACCACAAUGCGCAUGAUACUUCAGGUUCCUAUAUGGGCCCAACGAGUUAUUUACAUACAAGGAUCGUGUCUCAAGGAUAGCGAUUUGGCGAGAGCAAGAAUGAACGAGGCCGAAGCGUGUUUCGUUCUUGCUGCACGAAAUUAUGCUGAUAAGUCAGCUGCUGAUGAACAUACUAUAUUAAGAUCAUGGGCUGUGAAAGAUUUUGCUCCAUCGGUACCUCAAUACGUGCAAAUAUUUCGCCCCGAAAACAAGUUACAUGUGCGAUUUGCAGAACACGUCGUCUGUGAAGAUGAAUUCAAAUACGCUCUUCUCGCUAAUAACUGCACCUGUCCAGGAGCAAGCACUUUGGUUACUCUGCUCUUACACACUAGCCGAGGACAAGAAGGACAGCAGUCACCAGAAGAAUGGCAUAGAGUUUAUGGAAAAUGUUCUGGAAAUGAAAUAUAUCAUAUACUUUUAGGCGAAAGUAGAUUUUUUGGAGAGUAUGAAGGCAAAAGUUUUACAUAUGCUAGUUUUCAUUCUCAUAGAAAGUAUGGAGUUUCACUAGUAGCCGUUCGUCCAGCGCAACUUCCAGAAUUUUACGAAGACACAAUACUCCUUAACCCCGGCCCACGUCACAUAAUGAGAAAUACAGAUACUUGCUACUAUAUGAGCAUCACUAAAGAAGAAAAUUCGGCUUUUGUAGUAAGUAAUCGUAAUUGUAAUGGACAAUCAGCGCCUCCGCCUACUACCGGUCACUCUAAUCAAUUAUAUCGACAAAGAACUUUGAAACAGUUACAAGAAAACUUUGACAGAGAUCGUGCAAAAAAUAAAAAGAUGUAUGAAGAAGUCGCACAGAGCGUGAAUGAAAAUAGCGUACCUGGAUCUGCAGGCGGGUCCACGACGCACCUUCAGGGUAAAAAUUCGAAUGACAAAAUGUGCACAAAUGGCGAACAAACUAAACUAUUGAAUGGAGCCGAUGCCUCCGAUGCGAUGUCAAAAUCGACUCAAUGCAAUGAAUCUUCUACUCACGUGGAACGGGAAAGUACACAUAAGAAAGUUCGAGGAGUUAUGGAAAAGGCGAAGAAGCUUCUGAGAGGCAGUAAUACAACGGACGACGGCUCUUCGGAACGGGUGGAAUCUGGAAGUGUAGUUACGAAGGCAAAGAAAUUGCUUCGUGGCGCCGAAUCGACAAGUUCGAAUGUUCGUGAGGCGCUUACACGAGAAAUCGAGAAGAGCAGCGUUUCCGAAAACCCAGGUGUUGUUCGUUUAGAUAGCACAACAAGUGCCUCAAAUUCCGAUUACGCUACAGGAAACAAUUUAGAGGUGCCUCGUCCAGGAGAACUUUCAUCUCUUAGCGUAGAAUCGUUAGCUCAACGAAGAGGGAGCAGAAGGCCAUCAAUAUUACCCGUGCCUGACAUGCUCACCUCAUCAAAUAUCAGUACAUCCUUCGACGAAAAUAAUGACAUGGUUGAUAACCUAUCGUGCGAUGGUACAAAUGAAGAUGAGCUGGGCGACGAUGUGACUUGGCAUUCAUCUUCGGAGAAAAUUGCAAUCGUUAAAGGUUUUCCUCCGGUAUCACCUUUUAUAGGCGUUAGUCCUACCCUAUGCUAUCUCCUCAAAGAAAAGAAACCGUUGUGUUGUCUGCAACUUGCUCAGGUGUGCGAACAUUGCAGCUAUCGUAAUGCUAAGGAUUACCAGUGGCGAAAUAAGACUAUCAUUUUAGCUGCAGAUUAUGCAUCUAAUGGAAUUUAUAACUUUAUUAUACCGUUGAGAGCACAUUUUCGGACUAAGUCACGCUUGUUUCCUAUUAUUUUGUUACUAGAGAGAAGGCCUGACGUAGCGUUCUUGGACGCUAUAGCUUAUUUUCCACUGGUGUAUUGGAUGCUGGGAUCCAUCGAUUGUUUAGACGAUCUUUUGAGAGCGGGUAUAACGCUGGCGGAAAGCGUGGUAGUUGUCAAUAAGGAAUUGUCAAAUUCUGCUGAAGAGGACUCACUUUCAGACUGUAAUACUAUAGUUGCCGUGCAAACCAUGUUCAAAUUUUUUCCUGGAAUUAAGAGUAUUACAGAAUUAUCUCAGUCGUCCAAUAUGCGUUUUAUGCAAUUCCGAGCUCAUGAUAAAUAUGCCCUACAUUUGUCAAAAAUGGAAAAGGUAACUAUAUUUACAAUAUAUGUUCGUUUAUUUCAGCGCGAGAAGGAGCGCGGCUCGCACAUAUCCUACAUGUUCCGCUUGCCUUUCGCGGCCGGUUCAGUCUUCAGUGCCUCUAUGCUCGAUACGCUUCUAUACCAGGCCUUUGUUAAAGACUACGUUAUCACAUUUGUAAGACUAUUAUUAGGCAUAGAUCAGGCUCCAGGUUCUGGAUUUCUUACUUCUAUAAAAAUAACAAAAGAUGACAUGUGGAUCCGCACUUACGGCCGGCUUUACCAAAAACUUUGUUCCACUACUUGUGAAAUUCCGAUUGGAAUUUACAGAACGCAAGACACAAGUCAAUGUGAUAUAUCUCAUUUAAGUAAUGAAGAUGAGAAGGGUGAAGAUAAAAAGACGACGACGGUCCAUCGAAAAUCAAGGGCUAAAGUUGGACGCUCCUCGAAUGCACUCUACCACAGACCACAGGAAUCUGCACCUGCGAGUUGCCUCGCUGGAUGUAAAAGCUAUAAAUCGAGCUCAAUUUAUUCAAUAAAUAUGGCUGAUAGUGAAAGUCGGGAUAAUCAUGUACAGCAAAUAGAACGAGCUGAAAUCGCAAAUUUAGUACGAUCUCGAAUGGAAUCGCUCAAUCUACCAGGAGCUGAUUACGAUGAUGUCAGCGACAAGCGUCACAGUCUUUCAUACGUGAUAAUUAAUCCAAGUAGUGAUCUAAAACUAGAAGAAGGUGACAUAAUAUAUCUUGUGAGACCUAGCCCAUUUUCUGCUCAAAAAACAUUUGAACGACACAACAGCAGAAGAAAAUCCAAUAUCAGUUUUUGUUCACAAACUAUGGCCGCAGCUGCUGCGGGAAGUAGGAGGGGAUCUACUAUAGGAUGUCAUCCUAUUCCCCAUCCCCCAUCUUUAACGACACUCAAAGCAAAUUCGUUAUCCUUGCCAGACAGCCCUACAAUCGUUGGUAAAGCUCGAGGACGAUCCAACAGCCUAAGAGUCGGAGAUGACAUUUUACUCAGAAGGUCAAACAGCCUAAGGCAGGGGUGGUCCUAUGGAAUUGCAGAAGAAACAAAUGGUCUAAGAUGCGGAGCAAAUGAAUUGGGUAUUUCGAUGGAGAAAGGAGCAGUAUCUAGAAGGAAAAGCAGUUUGGAUGAGUUGGGUAUAAAUCAUUUUAACACUCAUACAAGAGGAAUAAAUAGCACAACUCCGAUAAAAAUCGCCUUCAAUACAAAUAUAGGAUUAAAAGUAUCUCCUCCAGACGAGACAUUCGAACAAGCCGGAAGAUUAUAUCGAAAAAAUUCUUUACGUGGUUUAACUUCCUCACCGUCAUUAUCUCAUAAACGAAUGGACAGUUUAGGAUCUGAUAACGAAGCAGACCAGUGUUAUUUAAGAACCAGUCACUCUUCACAACGCAUUGAUUGUUCUUUUAAUUCAACUGAUCUUUUGAAAGACAGCAAUGCUAUGAACGAAACAAGGUUAGAGCACUCAAACAAUGGUUUACAAAAAUCAAAUCUAAUAGAUUCAAAUAUUUCCCAACAUAAUUUGUUAUCACCUCCAUCAUCAGAUGGAAAAUGUUUUUCGGGUCAAAACUUUUCAGUUAGAGAUCUAACAUUUGCAGAACGCAUGGGCGUGAAGGAAAGUAAUUUGUUAUCACCUCACAGUGAAAUAGGUUGUUCUUUAAACAAUAUCAAAUCAUGUAUGGGUCAGAGUGUUAUGGACGGAACGAUCGAAAAUGCUCUGUGCGAUAAUCGGUUAAUUUCAUCAAAUUUUUCAAGAAGUGAACAAAAUAUUCGCGAUUGUGAUUUAGAAUGUAUGCGAACAAAUUUUGAUAUGAAAUCCGAUUGCCUAUCAAGUCGGCAAUGCAUUCUUGGUUCUAACUUAGGUAAUCAAAUUGGGUCUUCUAAUCAAAGAGCCCAAGAUAAUACUCCUGCGCAAGAUGCAAGAAGUCUUAAAGGAACAAUAGUAUGAUAUCACCUUAUGUGGGGUAAUAGAA